AUUAUUUUGGUCAUGAGAAUGUGACAUCAACGCUUUUAGGGUUGACAAAACCUCACUUGGAGAGUGAAUUGCGAAAUAUUCGCUUGCACGGAAUAAAUGAUAAAUAUAGAUAAUACAAGAAGUGCUUGACAUCAACAAACAGUCUAGCUGGAAUGAUGGCCGAGACCAAAAGAAAGGCUGAUCUCAAAGUCAUCAUUCUAGGAGACUACAAUGUGGGGAAAACUUCCUUCAUUUGUCGUUACAUUGAUGGAACCUUCCAAACUAAGGAGCCUACGAUUGGAGCUGCCUUUUUUCUCAAGCAGUGGGGACCUUACAAUGUUGCUGUAUGGGACACUGCAGGAGAUGAGCGUUACACAGGAUUAUCUAAUUUCUACUGCAGAAAUGCAGGGGCAGCCAUAUUGGCAUUUGACAUGACCAGUGUCAGUUCAUUUGAGUCAUUAUGGGCCAGAUUUAUUCCUCUUCUGGACUCUGCAUUGGAGAACUGUAUUAAAGUUGUGGUUGGAAUGAAAAUGGAUUUGUUGGACAAUGGAAUGUCAAGGGAGAUAACUGUUGAAGAAGCUACACGAUUUUCAAGGGAGAUAAACUCACAUAUUGAUAUAAGUAAAUUACCAAAGGACCCCUACUUUGAAACGUCUAGUUUGAAAGGAUCUUAUGUUACUGAAGUGUUUGAAUAUAUAUUUAAUCACUGUCUACCUUUGACAGAAGCGCAGAAGAAGCAGGCUGAUAGUACUGGAAUCGUGGAUCUUUCAAAAUCCCCAGCGACAACAAAGAGUGGAAAAAAAUGCUGUUGAUUUUCAAUUCAGGGUGAUCAAUGUAUGGUAAUGUUGUAUUUGUAUGUUUGAGGAUCACAUUGGGAAGGAGUAUAUCUCCCCAACACAUUGGUGUGAGGCUACAUGUUAUUUUUGAGCUGUCAUUCCAAUAGCCCUGAUUCCAUACACAAACUUGGUUUUUCAUGUAUGUUGGUCAAAGGCACUAAAAUAUGUUACUAAAAAUAGAAUAACAGUAACACUUUGGUUACCAUGGAGUUACCUCUAAUGGGCCUAAUGUGACCAUAUAUGGUACACAGGUUGAAUGUUAGGAGUGAAUGCAUAUGAAUGUGUUUGCUAUUUCUAGAUGCAAUUUCACAUAAUUUAUUACUGAAAAAUAGAAUUAAAUAUACUUGUAUUUUUUUCUUCCUUUUGAAAUUGCCUGUCUGCCCAGAUUGUUGGAUACUUGUGAAAUUAUAAGUCUUGUUUGUGGGGGAAACAGUUCUAUCACUUCUAGAAAUUACAACCGCUAGUUCAAAUAUAUUUUGCAUAAAGUGCGGAGGUAUGCCAUUCUGAUUGUGCCAUACCAAACCAGGGAAUAAUGAAAUUUUAGAUAUAGUGUCUGUAUAGUGUACAAACAUAAAUAUUUCCAACAUGAGGACCAACUCAGGAUUAGAAAAUUAAAUUUGAAUAAUACUGGUUAUUGAACUGUGUGAAACACAUCUUUACUACAAACAUGUUGAAUAGUAUGUUUUAGGUAAUGGGACCCCAUAGAUUAACACAUGUUGUCUUUUAUGUCUGGAUGUGUGUGUCUCCAGCUGAUGAACCUAGCAUUCUGAUUUGUGUCAACUUCACAAAGAGCCACUAGGUUUAAACAUUAAACUCUUCAGUGCCCUGUGAUUGAUCUUCCUGCGACUCCUGGGACGAAUGACACAUACUUUUCUUAAUUGUCCCAUGCUGUUUAUAGGGAAUGACCUAUUAUUUGCCUUUUUUUGUGAAAAUGUCCAAAAAUGUAUUGCUGAGUGUCCAAACUUAAUAUGACACAGUUGUGUUAAAUUGUAUGUUUUAAUAAGAAAAUAAGAAGUGAUUGUGUCAGAUUUUACUCUGUUCAGUAAGAGGUUGAAUUUUCUAUAAGUACAUUCCACAGUUAAAAUAAAAAGUAACAAGAUGGUUGAUUUUGUAUUCACAGGUUGUUGUGCAUUUACUCAAGAUUGUCAAAUAUUCUUUAUAAAAAGGUAGAAUAUAAAGGAACAUAUAUCUAUUAAAGCAUUCUCCAUGUUGAUUAGAUCCAUCAGAGAAAAAUUCUUUAAUCACAAACAGAAAGUGAUAUUUGACGUUUAAGUGACAACAGUGUCCUUUUCAUGUAUCUGGGGCACUGGUGUAUGAAGUGUACGAGAUGACAAUGAAAUCGCAGGACUUUAUAGCUGUAUUUUAAUGUCAUGUACACAAAGGGGGAAAGUGUUGUGACAAGAUGGCGAUUAAUUAUAGGGAGAAACAGACGAAACUAAAAACUAGGUGAUUUGGUAUCAAUAUAUUAGGGAGUUACAAUGCACCAUUCUAUAAAAUCAUUAUUUGCAUCAUUUUACCAAAACUGAGGGGAGGUAUUUCAGUGUCACCUUACAACGAAUCAUUCACAAAGAUUGGCAAAAAUAUUCAAAGGCAAUUCAAGAGGCUGACAGUAUUUUUCAUGCAAUGAUUAGUUUUGUCUUGUUCCCAUGAUGGAUGUCAGGUGCUUGUAUUUCUUAGUGGCCUGUCAACAGGCAUGGUUUCUUUGUACAACAUAACAAACUGAGUUAGGCACGAGUUGUUUGUUGUGAUAACUUGUGACUAAUCUUGUUUGUUUUAUUGAACAAACAAACUUGUUAUAAAUUAGAGGAACAAACCAUCCAUGAUAAGCAUCCAUUAAAUAAUUCAGCAAAAAAUGUGUUAAACUUAAUAGCAAGAGUUUUCAAUCUGAGGUUUUACCAAGAAACUGUGUCAUUGUUACAAAAAAAAUGACAAAAUUUGCUCGAGUGUUACUGCUUCCAAAAUUUCCCUUACAAAAAACACUGUUAUCUCGGCUCUAAGGUGAGAAUAUUGCACAUAGAAACACAGACAGUGUAUCCAUGUUUAUGAUGUAGUUGUGAAGUUCAAAAAGAAUGUGAUACUACAAGUAAAUUUGUUUCAAACAUAGAUUACAAAACAUUCUUGUAAAAUAUGACAGUAGACUAUUUUCAAAUAUCAGUACUGUGCAACCUAUUACAUUUUUUUCCAAGCACCACAAGUAUCACUACCAUUGUCAUUUAUUUACGGAGUUAUUGCCCUUUUGUGAAUUGCAGUUAUGUCAAUAAUUGAAAUCUGCCAUUAUCUUUCGAUUUUCAUCAAAUUAAUUUAUGAUUGUCUGUUUUGUUAUAACACAUUUGCAGGGCAUUUUCAGACUCUUUAGUUCUUCAAGAAAAUGCAUCAUCUUGUUUUUUACUUUAUCGUAAUCUUUCAGUUAAACAAUCAUUUUUCUGUGGUGCUGCUGAAGUUUCACUUUAAUUUGUGUUUAGAUUAACAAUAAGCAUUCACUAUUGUGUGCUUGUGUAUGAAGAUAACAUUUCUUUCUUUGAUUUACAGAUAUACCUCGUUAAAAGAGGGCAUUUUUAAAAAUCAAUGCAUAAGAGGCACUGUUUUAUCUAUUUUCUAGAAUGAAAUAGUUGAAGUAAUCUCCUGAAAUUUAAAUAUAUUUGUGAUUUUUUUUUCUGCCUUGUACAGCUGUGUCUGUAAACGUCAUGUUUAACUCACCAUGACUGAAUUCUUAAAGAGAAUAUGAUUUAUGAGACAUAUAUAUUUAACCUACAUUUACCCGAUGGUGGGUUAUCCAAAUCUUUAUCAAAAUUAUUUGUAAGUUCCUCUUGAUCUCAAGUUGUGCCUGUUUGAUUCUGGGAUUGACAAAAACACAAGAUGGCCGCCAGGCAACUACUUGUAUUUUGACAAUGAAUGUUUGUUUUUGCUAUUCGCAAAGAAGUAAUAAAUAUAUCUUAUUCAAAUUUCA